AUGGGCGCCUUUGCCCAGCUGCGGCUCCUGUUAUGGAAGAAUUUGAAGCAACAGCUUCGAUCACCAUGGUUUACGGCAAUGGAAUUCCUUGUGCCGUUGAUUCUCAUCGGUGCUGCGUUUGGACUUAUGAUUGGGCUUCGAAAUAAUUUUGAAACAAAUGAAGAGCAAAAAAGUUAUGAUUCUUUUCCCGUCACUGGACAAGCCAUCGAUCUCAUUUAUCCACCAGAUAAAGAGACAUUCCAAGAAGCUAUUAUCGAUUCUCAAGUGUUUGUCACUGGAAACCCCAUGGAGUGUCAGAUUUUAGAUCUAAACAUUGAUCAAAUCGAUUCAAAUCUAACAAAGUUCGAGCUGAACAUGUUGUUCGCUUACGCACCCGCAACCGACAUCACAAGGGACAUCAUGGACUUAGUGAUUGCAGGCUACACGCAAAAUCUGAGCGCUUUCGUUGGAAAUCUCCCAGUUAAGCUUGUCACACCUUAUAUCGAGCUCCACACCAAUGCUACUGCAGAGGCAUACGCAACCGAGGACGCUCUAAAAAAGUACAUGGUCGACAGUUUCAGUCGACAAUGCGACAAUCCACUUUGGGCUGGAAUCAUUUUUGAUGACUCAAUUGCGUAUAAUUUUGAUAAAACAAAGAAUUACACGUAUACGAUUCGGCUUGCCAACACGAAGAGAAGAUAUGUUCGUUCCGAAGACGAUGGAAAAGGAUUUCCCUGGGAUACAAAGCAGAUUUUCGCUGUUCAAUAUGUGAGCGGGCCGAUCAAUCGGAAAGAAACCGAUGGAGGAGAUCCCGGCUAUUGGCAAGAAGGUUUCUUGACAAUACAAAAAGCUAUUGACAAUGCGCUGAUCAUGAAAAAGUUGGGGAAGAAAGCGGAAGAUGUUGAGCAAGUCCCAGUUGAUAAGCUCGUGAAUUUCCAAUUGCAACGUUAUCCAUUCCCAGCGUAUUCGCGUCGAGUCAUCGAAAUCGGUGCUUUCUUUUUGCCGGUUGUGAUCGUUUUCUCAUACAUGACAUCUGUCAUUUACAUCGUUCGAACGGUCACAAUGGAGAAAGAGGAUCGUUUGAAGGAGUACAUGCGAGUGAUGGGUCUUUCGCAAUGGGUGCUCUGGGUUGCUCACUUUAUCACAAACUAUAUCAAACUCGUUUUCUCGGUGAUAAUUCUCUCAAUUCUGAUGAAAGUCGUUGCUCAACAAUCGGAUGGCUUUCAUCAUUUUCUUGUUCUUUAUGCUCUAUGCUUUCAACGCUACCUAUUUUGCUUUCAUGGUCUCCACUUUUAUGCAAUCAGGAAUGGCGGGGACAAUGUUGGCUGUGCUUGGAUGGAUGUUGCUAUACUUUUGGUAUGCCUUUUUCUCGGGAAUGGACACCGCCUCUCCUACGAGACUCAGGGAGAUGGUUUGAAAUGGAGCAUCUUGUUCAGCCGGGCGUCACCCGAUGAUCCGCUCACUCUUGGCCAUAUGUUUAUCAUGCUCAUCUUUGAUGGGUUAUUGAUGAUGUUUAUCACUUGGGUGGUCGAAGCGGUGAACCCUGGAGGCGAGGGAGUGCCUCAAAAGAUCUACUUUAUGUUCCAACCAUCAUACUGGUUUCCCUAUCAUGCUGCUAAGAAAAGAAACAUCGAUCAGCAAGUAGCCGGGAAAGCGAUUGAGAGUGAUUACGUGCCGAAAUGUGAAGCUGAACCGAACCUUCAAGCAACGAUUAAUGUUGUCAAUUUGUGCAAAGUCUACGGAAAUACAUUCUUUAAGAAACUAUUCGACUGCAAGUUUGGCAACGAUGGAGUGAAGAAAGCGGUGAAUGGAUUGAACUUGAAAAUGUAUCACGGUCAAAUCACGGCUUUACUUGGACAUAAUGGAGCUGGGAAGAGUACGACUUUUUCGAUGUUGACAGGAGUAGCCGCUCCAUCUGGUGGAACUGCUUACAUUGAGGAUUACGAUAUUCGAGACGCUUUACCACAAAUCAGAAAACAUCUUGGUUUAUGCCCACAAUACAAUAUUUUGUUUGGAACACUGACUGUAAUGGAACAUCUUGAGUUUUUCUGUAAAAUGAAAGAUCGAGUUUGGGAUGAAGAAGAAGCGUUGAAUAUUUUAAGACGACUUAGGAUUGAGUUUAAAAAGGAUUUCCGAGCUGGUGCUUUGUCGGGUGGACAAAAGAGAAAACUUUCGCUAGCGAUUGCGUUGAUUGGUGGUUCGGAAAUCGUGAUGUUAGACGAGCCGACCUCAGGAAUGGAUCCAGGCGCAAGACAUGAGACUUGGACACUAUUGCAAGAGGAAAAGAAAAAUCGAACAAUGCUGUUAACAACUCAUUUCAUGGAAGAAGCUGAUUUACUCGGUGAUCGCAUUGCAAUCAUGGCUCAUGGAGAAUUGCAAUGCUGUGGCAGUGGAAUGUUCCUGAAAAAUCAAUAUGGCGCUGGAUACCAUUUGACUGUGGUUUACGGGAAAAGUGGGCAAAAUCAAGCAGCAGUGGCUGAUGUGAGAAACACUUUGGAGUUGUUGAGAAGAUAUUGUGGCGAUGCUGAGAUGCAAUCACACAUUGGACAAGAAGCCGCUUUCCUACUCGCAGCCAGCAAUCGACCAAGAUUCCCAGAGAUGUUCCGUGACAUGGAGGCUAACAAAGAGAAGCUUGGCAUUUCAUCGUUUGGUGUCUCUAUUACAACGAUGGAAGAAGUGUUCUUGAAAGUUGGAGAUAUGGCUGAUGAGAGAAUGAAAGUGUAUGAUGAAGAAAACGAUGAAACUCCAUUACAAGAGCAAGAACGAUACAUUCAACAGCUUCGUGUCCGCACUCGAUUGACUGGUAUCAGCUAUCAAUUACAGCAUUUCCGGGCUAUGUUCACUAAACGUUUCAUUUAUUUCCUUCGCAAAUGGACGAUCUUCAUCCCACAACUUAUUAUUCCGAUCGCAUACUUGGCACUUCUCUUGUGGACCUCAAAAAUGCAACCAUCAGCAAAAGAACAAGACGCACUGCCGAUCAACAUUUGGCCGUAUUCAAGUGAUGGAACAAAGGCCAAUUUCUCUAGUGAUCCCACCAUGCAAGACAACAUGCGAGCAACCCUGAAAGAACGUUGCGCUGACAAGGUCGAAUUUGAUGUGUACAGUAAUACGGGUCCCGAAAAUCUCUAUGCGACGAUUGUGGAUCAAACAAAAAAACAGGGCUCACGAGCCUUCGGUCUACACAAUCCCGUCUCAUUGACAUCCCAGGACGUGACUUUAAAUGCAACCAUUGCUGUAAGAAACGUUUAUGCGCUUUUCAAUAACUUUGGCUUGCAUACACCAGCGCUUGCGAUCAGUAUCGCCGAUUCGGUGUUGAUGAGCGAAAAGCUUUCUGAUGGACCGUACACGAUUAAUGUCAUCAAUCAUCCCUUACCACCAGCCACCGCUGAUAACUUGAAAAAUCGAGAGGUUCAAUCGGGAGCUGCUUUCCUUAUCGCCUAUGCCAUCAUUGUCUCCGUUUCAAUGGUCGUUUCCGGUUUCUGCUCCUUCAUCAUUCGAGAAAGAAAGAAGAAAUCCAAGCACAUGCAGAUGUUGUGCGGAGUUCGGGCGUGGAUGUACUGGCUGACAGCUUUCCUUUGGGAUGCAGUUCAAUACGCGAUCACCGCCGCUUUCUUUAUGAUUCUCUUUGCCGCUUUUGGUGUCAAGGAAUUCACGAAACGCGGCGCAACGAUGGGUACCUUAUAUCUAGCUUUUUUGCUUUUCGGAUGGAACGACAUUCCCUUCGUUUACUGGUUCUCAUUCGCUUUCAACACAGCUCCCAAAGGCUACACGCUUAUCGUAAUGUACCACAUAAUUUCAGGAAUGAUCGGCACAAUUGCCGUUCCAAUCAUUCAGUCAACAGCAUCCGAUGACGCGGCGCACUCAUGGAGUAUUUUCUUCUCUUUCCUCUUCCCCGUCUACAACAUUUCAAAUGUGAUCACUACGCUUUACAAUAAUGAAUACGGUCGACAAUCGUGUGAAACAAUUAAAUGCGAAGACCCCUUCUUUAAACUGGGCGUUAGAGAGUGUUGCGGUGACGACUCGGAAUUGGUUUAUGUGCGAAAUCCAUUGACAAGCCCGGGAAAAUACGGAGUGCUCAUCUACUUGAUUUUCAUGUUUAUCCAAGGCUUUGCAUAUUGGUUCUUCGUUUAUGGAACGGAGACUGGACUGUUCAAGAAGUUGAAAGGAGCGUGUUGCUGUGGAAAGAAGAGUAAUGCGCAAGGAGGAGCCACGAAUACUGGCUUCAAUUGGGAAGAAGAUGAGAAACCAAAAUCGAUCGAGGACUCGGAUGUGAUUGCUGAAAAGGAGAAUGUCCUCCGACUUGACCCACAAGAAACAGCGGUUGUCGUGAAAGACUUGAAGAAAUGGUACGGAAACUUCAACGCCGUUAAAGGAGUCAACUUUCACGUGAAAAUCGGUGACUGUUUCGGUCUUCUCGGUGUGAAUGGAGCCGGUAAAACGACCACUUUCCAGAUGUUGACUGGUGAAAACGAGAUCUCAGGCGGUGAUGCAACGGUCAAAGGAUACAGUGUGCAAAAUGAUUGGAGAGGGGCUGGAGCCAACAUCGGUUAUUGCCCACAAUUCGACGCGGUUAUCAAGGAGAUGAGCGGUGAAGAGACGCUGUACAUGUUUGCGCGAAUUCGUGGAAUUCCCGAGAAAGACAUCCCGCCGAUGGUUGAAGCUGUCAUUCACGCUAUCGGUAUCGGAAUCUAUGCGAAGAGACAAAUCAAGGGUUACAGUGGUGGUAACAAGAGGCGUCUCUCGCUGGGAAUGGCUUUAGUUGGUUUGCCGGAUGUGCUUCUCCUUGAUGAGCCGACUACUGGAGUUGAUCCCAAGGCUCGACGUAUCAUUUGGAACAUUCUAUCAAAGGUCCGAGAACAGGGCACAGCUAUCGUGUUGACCUCGCACUCGAUGGACGAGUGCGAGGCACUGUGCACCGAGUUGGCCAUCAUGGUUUACGGACAAUUCCGAUGCUAUGGAAGUUGUCAGCACAUUAAGAGUCGUUAUGGAGCCGGGUACACUCUGCUGGUUCGACUGAGGCCCGAUCGAGAUCCUCGACAAGCAACCCAGAAAAUCCUAGGCACAUUCCGCGGAGCUGUGCUCAAGGAAGAGCACGUGCAGCAAUUGAAUUUCGAGGUGCCGAAAAGAGAUGGAGAGACAUGGUCGAGUCUUUUCGAGGAGAUUGAAAGGAUAGCUCAAGAUCUCGACUUUGAGGACUACUCGCUCAGUCAAACCACUCUGGAACAGGUGUUCUUGGAGUUCUCGCGCGAUGCUGGUGUUUCCUCGGACGAUUCACCGCCUCAGCUCUACCCGCCAACUCCCAGGCAAAAUGGGCACUCAAACGGCAGUGGAAUCAACACCGCUGUCUACAAUACUCUUGUC